AUGGAAGCAGGUCCCCCACUGACAGCCAAGAAAGUAUGCAACGUGCUCCGUUUAAUCUUCUUGAUGAUGCAAAAGGGUAUGUUAAAGAGCAAGCUCAUGCUUGAUCUCCAUUUCUUGAUGAAACGAGGCAAGAUCCUAAGGAAAGCCUUGAACGACAUCAUGGUCCAACAACACAACACACUGAGUUGCAUUUCACAUGAUGUUCACAUGUCAUUCAUAUCUCCUAGAGAGUAUGAGUUCAGCUGCAGCGGCAGCCCUGCUUAUAAAUUCUACAGCUACAAGCAACCUUAUUACCAAGCCAAGAGGCGGAAACUCCACGCUCACUACAAACACACGCGGAUCCACGCGCCGUCACUCGGCGGUGAUGAUAUGGCGUCGAGUAGCUGCGGCGGUGAUGUGGCAGUUGAGGCAUCGCCUUUGGUUGGUUCAGCUGGGUGGUUCGGGACGUGGAGCCCGAUGGUUAGACAAGUGAGAAUAACCGACUCGCCAUUCACGAUGAGGGAUGCUGACGAGGAUUGCCAGGUGGACAAGGAGGCUGAGGAGUUUAUAGAGAUGUUUUACAAGGAAUUAAGGUUGCAGAAGGGGAUAGCUGCUCGGUAA